GACACCGAAUACAAAGAACAGUAAAUUUCCUUACCAAGUACCUAACUUCCGUAAGUGUGAGAUCUGUUUGCUGUCUUUUCCGAGAGAGACCCAGUUCCAGCGCCAUAUGAGGGAUCAUGAGCAAAAUGACAAGCCUCACCGAUGUGACCAGUGUCCGAUGUCAUUUAAUGUUGAAUUCAACUUGACACUUCAUAAGUGUACACACAAUGGCGAAGAUCCUACGUGUCCUGUGUGCAACAAGAAAUUCUCCAGAGUAGCCAGUCUGAAAGCUCAUAUAAUGCUACAUGAGAAGGAGGAGAACCUUAUCUGCUCAGAGUGUGGAGAUGAGUUUACUUUACAGAGUCAGCUGUCCAUACACAUGGAAGAACAUCGUCAAGAAUUGGCAGGCAAUAGGAUCCACAGCUGCAAGUCUUGCAAAAAGGAAUUUGAAACUUCUGCACAGCUAAAGGAGCAUAUGAAAACCCACUAUAAAAUAAGGGUAUCAAAUACCAGAUCCUAUAACAGAAACAUUGACAGAAGUGGGUUUACCUAUUCCUGUCCACACUGUGGAAAGACGUUUCAGAAGCCGAGUCAGUUAACACGACAUGUUAGGAUACACACAGGUGAAAGACCUUUUAAAUGCAGUGAAUGUGGAAAAGCCUUUAACCAGAAGGGGGCAUUGCAGACCCACAUGAUCAAGCACACUGGUGAAAAACCCCAUGCUUGUGCCUUUUGUCCAGCAGCCUUUUCUCAGAAAGGCAAUCUUCAGUCACACAUACAGAGAGUUCAUUCAGAGGUGAAGAAUGGCCCUACAUACAACUGCACAGAAUGUAGCUGUGUCUUCAAAAGCUUGGGUAGCUUAAAUACACAUAUCAGCAAGAUGCAUAUGGGUGGUCCACAGAAUUCUGCAAGCUCUUCAACAGACGUAUCUCAUGUUACAGCGGACACUGUCACCCAACCUUUAACAACAUCCCCUGCUAAUCUUUUGCAACCUGUUGAUAACAAAUGGAAGAAUGCCACACAUUUUCGGUCUCCGCUUCUUCAACAGACAGAAAACCAGGUGUCUUCAGCUACUGCUCAUCAGGGUCAGCAGGCUGUCACUGAUGUCAUCCAGCAGCUCCUUGAGUUGUCCGAACCAAGUCCUGUAGAAAAUAACCAGCCUCAGCAACCUGGCCAACAACUCAGUAUUGCAGUGGGAAUCAACAGAGAUAUUUUGCAGCAAGCUUUAGAGAACAGUGGGUUGUCCUCGAUUCCCGUCUCUGCGCACUCUACUGACUGCGGUCAGGCCAAGACACCUGCGGCCCAGGAUCAGAAUGCAGACAUCCAGACUCUCUCAAAUCACCAGGCUGACUCUAACAGUGCAGAACAAGAAAAGGAGCAAGAGAGUACAGAUAAACUGGAUAAAAAAGAAAAAAAGCUUCUGAAGAAAAAGUCGCCGUUUUUACCUGGUUCUAUACGUGAAGAAAAUGGAAUAAGAUGGCACGUUUGUCCAUACUGCUCUAAAGAAUUUAAAAAACCAAGUGAUCUAGUGCGCCAUAUUCGCAUUCAUACCCACGAGAAGCCGUUCAAGUGUCCCCAGUGUUUCCGCGCCUUUGCUGUGAAGAGUACUCUGACCGCACACAUCAAAACACAUACUGGCAUUAAAGCUUUCAAGUGCCAAUUUUGUAUGAAAUGCUUUUCCACCUCAGGGAGUUUAAAAGUUCACAUUCGUCUGCAUACAGGUGUUAGGCCUUUUGCUUGUCCUCACUGUGACAAAAAGUUUAGAACAUCGGGCCACCGGAAAACUCAUAUCGCUUCGCAUUUUAAACAUACUGAACUAAGAAAGCUGCGACAUCAACGUAAACCUGCGAAAGUUCGAGUGGGAAAGACAAGUGUUCCAGUACCAGACAUACCUUUGCAAGAGCCCAUACUCAUAACUGAUUUAGGUCUUAUCCAGCCAAUCCCAAGGAAUAGCCAGUUCUUCCAAAAUUAUUUUAAUAAUAAUUUUGUGAAUGAUGCAGACAGACCAUACAAAUGCUUUUAUUGCCAUCGAGCCUAUAAAAAAUCUUGUCAUCUUAAACAACACAUCAGGUCACAUACUGGUGAAAAGCCGUUUAAGUGCUCUCAGUGUGGAAGAGGCUUUGUGUCAGCUGGAGUUCUGAAAGCACACAUUAGAACACACACUGGACUGAAAGCUUUUAAGUGUCUUAUAUGCAACGGGGCCUUCACUACUGGCGGUAGCCUCAGGCGACACAUGGGGAUCCAUAAUGACCUUCGACCGUACAUGUGUCCGUAUUGUCAAAAAACAUUCAAAACAUCACUAAACUGUAAAAAACACAUGAAGACACAUAGAUAUGAACUUGCACAGCAACUUCAGCAGCAUCAGCAGUCUGCUUCAAUAGAUGAUUCUACAGUCGAUCAGCAGAGUAUUCAUGUUUCUACACAGAUGCAAGUGGAGAUUGAAACUGAUGAGCUACAGCAGCCAGAAGCUGUUGCAACAGAUCAGCAGGCUAUUUUAGAGUUAGACCAGCAGCCAGUAGUGGGCACGGAAGAAACAGCACUAGAACAGCAGUUGGCUGAUCAGCCUUUAGAGCAAGAUGAGGAUAGAUUUGUGACAUCCCAGCAUGCUUUACAGGAAAACAUCACGCAAUUUGAACAACAAGCUAUAACACAGCAGCCAUUUGAUCAACAGGGCUUAUCACAAGGUUAG